UCUCUCUGAGCUCACUCUGCCGUUUGCGUUCGCGUUGACUGGCCAGAGUCCGCGAGCUGAGCACUCCUUUGAUCUGCAACCAUCCUCGGCCUUUCUCUCUCUCUCUCUGUUUUCUUUCUUUAACUCCCGUUCCCUUUUCUGCAGCCAUUCACCCAUUCAUCUCUAGCCUGCCCUCUGGACUUGACAGUUAAUCUCUCAGCCCAGAAGUGCCUGGUUCCUCUCCUCACUUCCUCAUCUGAUUGUAACAUCUGAUUGGCCAUGGCCUACCAUAGCUUCCUGCUGGAACCAAUUAGCUGUCAUGCCUGGAACAAAGAUCGGUCCCAGAUAGCCCUGUGCCCCAACAAUCACGAGGUCCACAUCUACAAGAAAGAUGGGACCAAGUGGGCCAAAAUCCAUGAGCUGAAGGAGCAUAAUGGCCCAGUGACCGGUAUCGACUGGGCUCCGGACAGCAACCGUAUCGUGACCUGCGGAGCGGACCGCAACGCCUACGUGUGGACCCUGAAAGAGGGGGCAUGGAAGCCAACCCUGGUCAUCCUCAGGAUCAACCGCGCCGCUCGCUGUGUCAAGUGGUCACCAAAAGAGAACAAGUUCGCUGUCGGGAGUGGCUCGCGGCUCAUCUCCAUCUGCUACUUUGAGCAGGAAAAUGACUGGUGGGUGUGCAAGCACAUCAAGAAGCCAAUCCGCUCAACCAUUUUGAGUUUGGACUGGCAUCCCAAUAACGUUCUGCUGGCUGCUGGAUCCUGCGAUUUCAAAUGCAGGGUGUUCUCAGCCUACAUAAAGGAGGUGGAGGAGAAGCCCGGCCCAACCCCCUGGGGUAGCAAGAUGCCAUUUGGGGAGGUCUUGUUUGAGUCUGGAGGGUCUGGAGCUGCAGCCGAGACUUCGGGAGGAGGCGGUUGGGUGCACAGUGUGUGUUUUUCACACUCCGGCAACCGUCUGGCCUGGGUCUCCCAUGACUCCACGGUGUCUGUCGCAGAGGGAGGCAAGACGGGCACGGUGAAAAGUCUGAGUUCAGAGACUCUUCCUCUGCUGUGUGUUACCUUCAUCACUGAGAACAGCCUAGUUGCAGCUGGCCAUGACUGUUACCCAAUGCUGUUUGUGUAUGACGGCGCCAAAGGCAGCCUGACAUUUGGUGGCAAGCUGGAUGUCCCCAAACAGGCCGCACAGAAGGGCAUCAGUGCCAGGGAGCGUUUCCAGAACCUGGACCGUCGAGCCUCAGAGACCCAGUCCACCGACAAGAACCUGAACACACUCCACAAGAACAGUAUCAGCGAAAUCUCAGUGCUGGAAGGAGGAAGAAGCAAGUGUACCAAGUUCUGCACCACCGGCAUGGAUGGAGGAAUGGCCAUUUGGGAUGUCAAGAGUCUGGAGUCUGCUAUGAAGGAUUUGAAGAUAGUGUGAGCUCAAGCUGACAUUUCAACAACUGAAGUAUAACUGCAUCUGGAGACAUGAAGAAAAACUGCUGCCUUAUUACGCAAAGCUUUUUAGCUAUAUUGUAUUCAAUGUUUUUUUUAUCUGUAAACAAGUUAAUGAUCUUACUCAAGGUCAAACAGUGUUUGUUAUCCCUCCGAAGCUCUAUGCUGGGCUUGUUCAUUAAAAUGCUUUACGUAGAGGGGCUGGCCUCAGUUCUGCCAAUGGUACUCAAUGAGUUAAAUUGGCAGUGUCACAAGGAGCUCAGUCUGAACUGAAUGCUUAAAGCAGCUGGUUUAUAUUAUUCACAUUAAAAAGCUGCAGUACGUAUUAAAAGCUUAUGCUGGUCAUAAUAUGCAUUUAAUAAAUAAUAAAUUGCUGUUACAGAAGUCAGCAGAGUGUAAUUCAUUAAAAAGGUGUGUGUAUGUGUGUA